CGAACGGGACACGAUCGUUUCCGCUGCGAGGCAGCUUGAUCAGCGUAGAGAGGGAAAAAGAAAGAUUGCGCGCAGGAAAAACUUAUAUUGAUCAAACUGUUGGGAUAAUUGGAAAAAGUAGUAAGGCAGAGCGGAAAGUAGGAGGUUUGUGAUUAGUGCUUUGGUUCCCUUUCCAGGCCCUUCCUUCCUCCCUACCUCCCUCAUCCGCGCCCUUACCACUGCCCCCAUCCGAACUCCCCCCUAAAAUCGUGCAGACAGACAGACCUCGUGGUUCCGAUAGUAGAACGUAGCGCGUCGACGUUAGUGGACGGACAAAAAUGACCUCCGCUUUCUUGUCUUUCGGCUUGUACCGUGUCCGUAUUUUCCUGCUGUUAUUACUUAUCGUUUACUUGAUCAGUGAGACUGAUGGCGUCUACAAGAGACGGGAGGAUAAAUCUAAGUGCCCGAAGGUCAAAGCUAUUCGCAACUUUGACACGACUGAGUUCUUGGGAUAUUGGUACAUCGUCCAGUACUAUGCAAGCUCGGAGGAAGCCCUGGAUUACAGGUGCAUGAGAGCCGAGCUGUCAGUCUCUUCGGAGAUCGCCGAAGUGACGAUGAACUUCACCUACAGUUUCGUCGACGAUCCGAUCAACGAACAACUCGGCGGUAACAUCACCUGGAAAAUACCUUCGCCGGAUUUCCCUGCGCACUGGGUCCACGCCGAAGACACAUACGAAGGAAUAUACAAUACAUACGUACUCGAUUCCGACUACAAGUCCUGGGCCUUACUGAUGCAUUGCGCUGAGAAAAAUAAGAGUCCUCGAUACCUUUCCAGCUUCAUUAUGAGCCGGGAUCCUCAACUUGGGGUCAACGUCAUCUCUUAUCUUCGGGAGAAACUUCCCAGGUAUGACAUCGACUUGGAGUACAUGUUCCCGAUGUCUCAAGAAAAUUGCACAACUGCAGACCCGGGGAUCGGACUAUUGAUGCCACCUCCGGUGGGCGUCGUGUCGAAGAGGCGAAACGGGGGGCGGCGACAUCCGUUGAAGAGGAAACACCGUCGCUUCUAAUUAUAAUGGCGCAGCCUUAAAUGAGAGAGUUUAAUUAGUAUUAGUUUUUGAAUUUUGUAAAGUUUUGAUACACAAGUCCUUCACGAUUACACGUAUUCGCAGAAUAGCGAAAUUGUCGAGGAGAGGUUUGAUACAAUGCUUCGAAUUCCCCCUUUAAUUGGAACGAAUUAAUAAUCCACCCGUGUUGUUACCCCAGAUUUGCUCAAAUCGAUUGAGCAUUGCUCCCUAGAACUAUACAAUAACAAGCUAUUGUUUUAACGGUUGUUAAUGAAUGCCGGAAUUAUAAUUAGUUAUGGCUAAAUGCGUAUAAAUAAAUCGAGGUAAUAUAUGAAGUGGAAAUAUUGCCGUUUGUAAAUGGAUGUAAUUAUUCACAGAGUGUAAUAAGUUGGAUCUUGUAAUAUGUACUAUAUUAUUCGUAAUUAUUAUAUAGAUAAUAAUAAUAAUAAUAAUCACGAUAAUGAUAAUAAUAAUGAUAAUAACACCUGACAGAAGUGAAAACACUAUAAUUCCAAUUUCCAAAACAGUGUUUCUUUCUACAAACAAAAAAUCUGCUUUUUCGUACUGAUAUAUUCAUGACGAUUAUGCAAGUGCAGUCAUAUCGACAAGACUAACUUGAUCCAUGAUACUUUCUACGCAAAAUAUUGUCAGCAUUAUUAAGAGCAUCUGAAAACUAACCUUGCUCAUUGCAAAGGAAAACACAAAUUUUC